GAUGACGACGCCAUCAUUUACACGAGCAUUUACAUAAUGUUACCUGGAUAUGCGAAUGAUAACUAAAUGUACCAUCUGCUAACUCUCUGGUAUAUAUUCAUCAAAUUAAUAUUCAAUUUUAUUUACCGAUUGACCGCAUGGUGAAAUGGAAAGAACAAGAAAAAGGAUGUGUUACAUUAAAAGAAAACUUGCCAUUAUCAUAGCGAUAACCAUAAUUGUGAACAUUUUAGCAUCAUUACACUUUAAACAACCAUUAUGCUAUGAACAACAGGACCAAAAAAGGAUCAUCCAGUCAAAGAAGCAGUUUCUUUACUUGGUUCAAACAAAAGAGUGUUUGCCAGAUAAUUUACUCCAGACGCCUGUGUUAGGAGAUGCAAAUACUGCUGACGUUCUUGUACUCAGCUUUAAGAGAGAGUGUAAAUAUAACAAAAAUAUGAAACACGUGAUAUACAUAUAUAGCCAGGAUAAAGGUACUACAUGGGAAUCUGGACGUAAUUAUCUAUACACAUAUGCAAAGGAACAUUUAGAAACAUACACCUAUUACGUCUUUAUGGAUGAUGAUCUGGAUUUCUUUGUGACCAAAUCAAAGUUCCUUCAAGAGUCACUUCUUCAACAAGUCCAGCAAUCAGAUGUGUCAAUCCUACGCCAAUUCGAGGAUUUUCUGCUACGUUCGAAACCAGCAUUGAGUGCACCAUUUAGGAUUAAUUAUUCCCCGGAUGAUGAUCCAUAUGACAUCAUAGAAUGUUGUCUAGGAAACUACAAUGUUACAGCCCAAUGGAAUUUGUCAGAGAAAGUUCCUAUGAUAAGAUUUGAUGAAUGUUUUAUCGCGAUUCACAAGGAUGCAGUAGAUCACAUUAUGCCAAUAAUUACAAAAUAUGAACACAUUGAUCUAUGGGGCUCAUGCAAAUAUUUCCACAUGAAAGCUUAUUUUAUGUUUCGCAAACAAAUGUCUAGGUUCACACCAAUGACUGUGUAUAACAAAAGACACACUCCGUACCUCCAAAACAUCGUCACGUACCAAGAUGUGAUAAGCGAUAUUUUACUUAAAACUCCAAACGAAUUCAGAGAGAAGCCGAUUUUCUUAAAUGCUAAAAGAGGCCUUGCGGAAAAGGAUGUGCAAACGUAUAUCAUGGUUGAUCCCAGAAAACCGCCUUUUCAACUUGCACCAAUUGAAGACCCAAUCACUCCAUGGAAAUACAUAGAUAUCUUGGAAAAUGAAUCAAGGUGAUGAAAUCAAUUAAGCCUAGAAACUCAACUGCAAAAAUACAAAAAAGUACUAAGAUAGUACUCAUGGCAUUUUAUAUAAAAUG